AGAGGGCGAAAACCCCCCCCUAAAGUAACAUGAUGAAGAAAUCCUCCUUCCGAACCACUUCUUCAGGCCCCGUCCGCACCUUCAGCAGCCGCUCCUAUACGGCGGGCCCCGUCACCGCCUCUCGAGUCAGCACCUCUUACGCCUCCUCCGGCUAUGGGGGCAGCAGGUUUGGAGGUGGCGGCAGCGCCAGCAGCUUCCGAGGGUCCUCCGUCGGCGGCGGCAUGGGGGGUAUCACGGCCGUCAGUGUGAACAAGAGCCUGCUGGCGCCGCUCAACUUGGAGAUCGACCCCACCAUCCAGCAAGUGAGGACCAAAGAAAAAGAGGAGAUCAAGACUCUCAACAACAAGUUCGCCAACUUGAUUGACAAGGUUCGCUUCCUAGAGCAGCAGAAUAAAAUACUGGAUACCAAAUGGAGUCUCCUGCAGAAUCAGAAAACCACCCGAAGCAACAUGGACAGUAUGUUUGAGGCCUACAUCAACAACCUGCGCCGGCAGCUGGACGGCUUGGGGCAGGAGAGAGCAAGGCUGGAUGCUGAGUUGGCCAACAUGCAAGGCCUUGUAGAAGAAUUCAAGACUAAGUAUGAAGAUGAAAUCAACCAUCGUACUGAGAAGGAGAAUGAUUUUGUCCUUUUGAAGAAGGAUGUGGAUGAGGCCUACAUGAACAAGAUUGAGCUGGAGUCCCGUCUGGAAUGCCUGACUGACGAGAUCAACUUCCUGAGGCAGCUGUAUGAUGAGGAGCUGCGUGUAAUGCAGUCUCAGAUCAAUGACACUUCUGUGGUCUUGUCCAUGGAUAACAACCGCAGCCUGGACUUGGAUGGCAUCAUUGCCGAGGUCAAAGCACAGUAUGAAGACAUUGCUGCCAAGAGCCGGGCUGAAGCAGAGAGCAUGUACCAGAUCAAGGUGAGCCACCACCCCCUGCACACAUACACCUGGUUUACUACUGGGUGAUGAGGGCUGGGCUGGGUUGGUGAGAGUCGCCACUCAUUCUUCGUUUUACAUAUAAAUAGUACAUUUUAAUGUGUACUAUUAAUAUUUAUUGAUGUAUUUUGCUGCUAU